CACAAUCCUUGAAGCUAGCAGUCGACUCGGACUAAUAUCACCGAUUUCCGCCCCUCCCACCAGGAUGCUUCGUAGCUGCUGAUCGAACUGCUGUGGCUGGACCUGUCUAUCUCCCGACAAACCCCGGACUCGCUAAAGUACCAUGCCGAACGCUGCUGCAGCUGUCUCUGUUCGACAGACUCCACCACCAUCCCGACUUCCUGGCGAUCUGGAUCGGGAUCACAGCGGGGAUGAAUCUUGGUCCGCUGCCGAUAGCGAGAAUGAUCGUGUUGUGCAGAACGGGUCGGGCGUCCCUCGUGCGCUGAAACGUAAACGACCCCUCACAGUGUCAUGCGAGCUAUGUAAGCAAAGGAAAGUCAAGUGCGAUCGGGCGCAGCCUAGCUGUGGGUGGUGCUCUCGCAAUGGCCAAUUAUGCGAAUACAAAGAGCGGAAAAAGCCCGGACUACGGGCAGGUUAUGGGAAGGAGUUGGAACAAAGGCUAGAUCGGUUAGAAGAGGUUAUUCAGACGCAGGCUCGCCUAAUUGAGACGCAUAUUAUCCAGGGCCAGCCGACUAGGAGCCAUGAUAUCUCACACCAAGGACCCUUCUCAUACAGUUCUCCAUCAGAGACAGCUCAGGGCCCCAGUCCCAAUAACGCAUUCUAUUUCCAUGAUCCACCAUCUAUCGUGCCCCAACCGCGUCAGUCUGAACCAUCCAUCACCAGUCCUUCGGACAUAUCGGUCAAGAACACCAUACAAAAUCAUCUGGCGAGUGCUAUGUCUGCGCCCGUUUCGGUACCACGGUCGACGAAUAACGUGUCACAAGCCAACGAUUAUAUGGGAAAUGAAUCAUCGCUAAAGGUUCCGGUCAACCUGUACGCCAACCAGGAACAAUUACUUGCAGAUCCAGAGCUCGAUCUACCCCCGUACGAUCUCCUGUAUGCGCUGGUGGACCUCUACUUUGAACAUAUCAAUACUUGGUGUCCCAUUCUCCAUCGUCGUACAACUCUCGACACAUUCUUUGGUCCGUCGCCCCUCGAAGAUGCGGACAGAACAGUGCUUUAUGCUAUAGUUGCAACCACUCUUCGUUUCUCGAGCGACAGUCGGCUCAACGAACAAAACCGCAAACGAUACCAUGACUCCUCCAAACAGAAAGUUCUGCUCUAUGGGUUAGAGAACUCAUCAGUCAAGGCUCUCCAGGCCUUGGUAAUCCUGGCCUUGGAUUUGGUGGGGUCCUCCAACGGCCCUCCUGGAUGGAAACUGCUCGCACUGAUUACACGAUCGGUGGUGCAGCUCGGUUUGGCCGUGGAAGUUAAAUCUUCACUCAUUGCUCCCAGUUACCCGUCCAUCUAUACGCUCAGGGCGGUAACGCUCCCGGAACCCGAAUCCUGGAUCGAAGAUGAGAGCAGACGGAGGCUCUUCUGGAUGGUCUAUUUCCUGGACCGAUAUUCUACCAUUGCAACCGCCUUUGAUUUUGCCCUAGAUGAUAAGGACAUUGACCGGAAACUACCAUGCAAAGACGAAUAUUUUAUCAAGAACCAGCCUGUGGAGACAAGAUGGUUCCAACGCUCAAGUAAUCGUGCUGACUACGUGACCCGUGCCGAAAACGUCGGCAGCUUUGGACUCUAUGUCGAAGUAUUAGGCAUCCUCUCUCGGAUCCAUGCUUUCUUGAAGCGACCUGUCGAUAUAGGAGCUUUGUCGGAUGUCGAGGAGUGGCAGACCACAUACCGCAAGCUAGACAGCGAGUUAACGUCCUGGGAAUUCGGCCUCCCAGCCGAAUAUGCCUACGAGAACUCCUCCCGAUUGUUCAAUGGAUCCAAGUUUACCAAGGGGAUCCAUUGUGACUGGGUUCAGCUCCAUGCCACUUACCAAACUGCGGUUAUCCGGCUUCAUUCAUCAGCAGCGUACCCCACUACGCGAUCACCAAUCUUCACCCCAUCAUACAGCGCAAGCCAGCGAUGCCUGCUUGCAGUGGACAACAUCCUCUCAGUGACCCGCUUCGUCGUCGACAACAACAUGCUCGACAAACUAGGGCCCCCAUUUGCCUUCACUCUCUGGGUAUCCGCCCGGCUCCUCCUCGUCCACGGGUCAACAAUAGCCCAUACCGUCAGCCCCGACAUCCUCUUCUUCGUCGACACCCUAGCCCAGAUGGGCAAGCACUGGAAAGUAGCAGAGCGCUACAGCUCAAUCCUGCAGCGUGUCCUCGAUGAAUACGGCGAGUAUCAGCAAUCCGGAGUCUCCGACUCAGAACGAGCCACUCCAUCCACCGUAAAGAUCCUCGCAGACAUGCGCCGCUGCGCAUUCGACCUCGACUUCCUCAUCUCCCGACAACCCCGCACCUCUCCAACCGGCAGCCAGCCCUCCACCUCACCAGCAGCAGUCAGGAAUCCAGCCCCCAAUGAGCUCGAAUACUUAGACGUCUUCGGCUUCUUCAACGUCCCUCGUGUUCCCGCUGCCCGGGCCACGGAUAUCCUCAGUCUGGAUAUCGGCGACCCAGUCAACAACCCCAUGUCUGUGAACGGUUUGACCGGGACAGGUGGCGGCAGCAGCAGCAGUAAUACCAAUCACGUCGUCGAUGGCUCGCAUUCUAACGCCAAUGAAUUCAAUAUCACGAAUUAUCUGAUCCCCACUCCAGAAAGUGACUGGCUUUUUCGUCCGAGUGAAUGAAUGUUCAUGAAGACCGGUCUCUAUGCCUGUCUAUGUCAGUCAAAUGGUUGCUAGUGGAAUGAUUUCAGAAGCCAUGCUGCAGAACGACGGAGUUUGUGUGACUCCUGUUGGCCAGGUCAGCUGCCUCAGCAGCUCGCAAUGGCGUUGAGAUGCCAUCCGGUACUAAUGCGUGGUCUGAAACUAUUGUGUCAGACUAUGAUACCGGCGGGCUUGAUGUAUAGUAUCCAUUAACUCCGUGUUAAUUUACGUCAUUGAUAAUGAAUGAUGAGUUUCAC